AUGGCACUUGAGAAAGACUUGGAGCGCAGUGUCGAAGUCGGCACGCCCUCUAAUGGAGAAGUUUCCAUGAUCAACCUAGAGGCUGGGGGCCUCAAGCGGGACCUCAGUUCUCGCCACAUCAAUAUGAUUGCCAUUGCAGGAAUGAUUGGUACCGGUCUUUUCUUAGGCUCAGGACAAGCAAUCGCAACCGCGGGCCCGGCUGGGGCACUGCUGGCGUAUAUUGUAAUGGGGUUUGUCACUGCCGGGGUUGCAUAUACUACAGGAGAGAUCACCGCAUUCAUGCCAGGAACUGGUGGAUUUAUUCGACAUGCAACCAAAUUCGUGGAGCCGGCACUUGGAGCGGCCACAGGUUGGAAUUUCUGGUAUACCAUGGCCAUCACUGUACCAGCAGAGAUCAGUGCCGCUGCUACCGUGAUUCAAUUCUGGAAUGACUCUAUCAAUCCUGGUGUUUGGAUCACCGUCUUUUUAGUUGUCAUCGUCACCCUGAACCUUUGCGGUUCCGAAGUUGUCUUCGCAUCCUUGAAGAUUAUGCUCAUUCUCGGUCUCAUCAUUGGUGGCUUGGUGAUUGAUCUAGGAGGAGCGCCAAAUCAUGAUCGCUUAGGUUUCCGGUAUUGGAAGCAUCCUGGAGCGUUCAACGAAUACAUAAAACCUGGAACGGCAGGACGCUUUCUAGCCUUCUGGAAAAUUAUGCUUACAGCAGCGUUCAGUUACGGCAACAUUCAAGUAGUGGCAAUCUCGGGGUCGGAAACCCGGGCACCCAGGAAAAUCAUCCCGGCGGCUACAAAAAAGACGUUUUACAGAGUCUUGCUAUUCUACGUUCUUAGCAUCUUCAUCGUUGGCCUCAUCGUUCCAUACAAUGACCCUUCUCUCGCCAUUUCUACGGGCACUGCUCAGCAAUCUCCCUUUGUUAUUGCAUUCCAGCGAUCAGGCGUAAAAGUCGUUCCGUCAAUUAUCAAUGCAAUCGUCUGCACUUCUGCCAUUAGCAGUGGCUCGGCUUGCAUCUUUAUCGCCUCGCGGACACUGUAUGGCCUAAGCUGUGAUGGGCAUGCACCCCGAAUCUUUCAACGAUGCAAUCGGUUUGGAACGCCUCAUUAUGCCAUUGGCUUGACUUGCCUUUUGCUGCCUCUUGUUUACCUAAACGUCGCAAAUAACACAUCUGUGGUAUUCGGUUGGUUCGUCAAUAUCACUACCGUCUCCGGCUUGAUCGGCUGGGUAGUCAUUGAGGCCACGUAUCUACGGUUCUACGCCGGCCUCAAAAAGCAAGGCUAUUCGAGAGAUGCACUUCCGUAUAAAAGUCCGUUGCAGCCAUAUGUUUCAUGGGUCACCAUGUUCGUGGUGAGCCUAGUCAUCCUCUUUUCAGGCUUUGAUGUGUUCGUAAAGGGACAUUUUACGGCCGCCGGGUUUUUAACUUGCUAUCUUAACAUUGCUAUCUUUAUUGUUCUGUACCUUUUCUUCAAAAUAUUCUUCAAGUCGAAACUUAUUCCCACCUCCGAAAUUGACUUUGAGACUGAGUUCUCAUCAAUACGGAGGGAAAAGGAUGCUGAGGAGGCCACCCUGUAG